AUGAAGAGCUUCAAAUCAGCCAUCCGCCAAGCUGCGGCCAAGGUAAAAGGUCAGAAGAAGCCAGUUCCAGCUCUUUCUACCGAACAAACGGCAACUGCAGUUGCAGCUGCUCAGAAAAAGCCCAUUGCCAAGGCAGCCACGGCCGAUGGGACAAUCCAAGUUGUUCUGAAGAACACCAAGAUCUCCGCCAAGCUGUAUGCGCACAUCACGGGAACGGACUCCCAGGGCCGUCUGGCGAUACUGUCUGACGACGGCACGACGCUCAACUACCCGUCCGGCCCCGGAUCGUCCCUCCCGGCGGGUAUAGAGGUCGGUUCGGCGGGUUCCUCGCGCACGGUGACGAUCCCGCGCAUCUCUGGCGGGCGCAUCUGGCUCUCGCAGGGCACGCCGCUGCAGUUUAGCGUCAACUCGGGCCCUGCGUUGGUGGAGCCGUCGGCGACCAAUGUGUCAGACCCGAACUACCAGGUGGACUGGGGCUUCUGCGAGUUCACGUACAACGAUGCGGAGCUGUACGUCAACGUGUCGUACGUGGACUUUGUCAGCCUGCCCAUCGCCCUGCAGCUGGAGAACGAGGGCGGCAGCGUGCGGCGUGUCGAGGGCAUGCCGGCCGACGGGCUGGACCGUGUGGCCGCCGGCGUCGAGGCGCAGGGCACCAAGGACGGCAACGGGUGGGAGAAACUGGUCGUCCGCAGCGACGCGGGCGUGCUGCUGAGGGUUCUCAGCCCCAACGCCGCGGCCGUGCUGUUCCCCGGCCUGCUCGUGGACUACUACGCUGCCUACGUCGACGCUGUCUGGUCAAAGUACAGGGGGGAGGACCUCACCGUCAACACGCAGUAUGACUGGGGCGACAUCGUCGGCAGGGUCGGCUCGGACGGCAAGCUAACCUUUGGCGGCGACUCGUCCCUCGCCUUUGCGAAGCCGUCCGCCGCCGACAUCUUCUCGUGCAGUACCGGGCCUUUUGCCGCCGGGGACGGCGUAUCGGACGAGAGGCUGAAUAUCGGCGCCAGGAUCGGCGCCGCCCUUAACCGGUCCACGCUGCUGCUCAACGCCCGUCAGCCAGAGGGCGAGAAGGUUGAAGACUACUACAAGGCUGAUGUGACGAACCACUUUGCCCGCGUUUGUCAUGAGACUGCCAUCGAGAGCAGGGGCUAUGCGUUCCCUUACGAUGAUGUCGGCCCGUCACAGGGGGCCGAUCAGUCUGGUUUCCUGAAUGAUCCGAACCCCAAGGUCUUGACUAUCGAGGUUGGUGGGUCUUCUUGA